AUGGCCUCUCUCUAUCAGCUCCUAUCCCAACUCCCCGUGCUGUCCUCGUUUCUACUCCCCCUGCCUCUCACCACCACCGACGGCAUCAACAACAACAUCCUUUCCCUCCCAAAGUCAAACCCCACAGCCUGCCCCAACCCUCCGUCGCUAUCGUGUCCCUCGCCGCCGCCCCAAGACAUAAACACGUGCUGUGUCAAUCACCCUUCAGGACACUUUUUGCAGACCCAAUUCUGGGACACCGCGCCACCCAUCGGGCCGAACAACUCGUGGACCAUCCACGGACUCUGGCCGGAUCUCUGUGCUGGAGGGUUUGACGCCUUCUGCGACUCGUCGCGCUCGCACUCGGACAUUCGGACUGUGCUCCGCCACGCUCUGGAGGAGGGCCAGGAUGGGGAUCACUCGCCGACGAUCGAGGGCCUGCUCUCCUUCAUGGAGACGUACUGGCUCUCCCUCGACGGCGACCACGAGCACCUGUGGGCCCACGAGUGGAACAAGCACGGAACGUGCAUUUCGACCCUCGAGCCGGACUGCUACGACGGCGCCGCCGCCGCCCCUCCAACCACCCCAAGUCGCCGGCACCCUCACCCCGACGUGCUGGACUACUUCGUCCACACGACCUCCCUCUUCAGGACGCUCGACACGUACUCGGUUCUCGCCGAGGCCGGCAUCCUCCCCUCGUCCAACAAGCGUUAUACGCUGCGGGAGCUGGAGGAGGCAAUCCAGUCUUCUGCGCACGACCACCCGGUGACAUUCCGCUGUAACCGCCGGGGCGAGCUGGACGAGGUGUGGUAUCAUUUCGCGGUGAUGGGUUCGCUGCGACACACGUCUGAUACGCAACAAGACGCCAAAGCCGAAGCCGAAGCCGAAGCCCCAGUCUUGAUGCCCGGUCCGGGAGACUAUGACCUCGACACGGCCCUGAGCCACCACCCCCGCUCCCCGUUCCUGAACGCAACCACCGUGCGCCGACAUUUCGUGCCCGUGCCGCCCGACGGCGCGAUUUCCAACUGCCCGCGACGAGGAAUCAAAUACCUCCCAAAGACGCCUGGGGGGGACCAGGACCCGCCGUCGGCCACGAAGACAACUUCCGUCGCCAACCCCACGUCUUCACCCACCAGCACAAGCACAGCCCUGCCGUUCACAGGCAAAGGCCACCUGGAGAUCCACAUCCUGGACUCUACGUCCACGACGACAACGGAGCAACCACAAAAUCGUGUCGUUCUCUCCCCUUCAGACUCGAACUCAAUCUUGCCCUCCCCCUCCACGGCCUCGAAAAAGGGGUGUCUCAUCCGUCAGGGCCAGUGGUACGUCUCGGGCACCUGCGCGACCUUCCGCGCCCAGCACGACGUGGUCGACCCCGGCCACCAGGCUUUGUUCUCCCUCUCCUCGUCGUACUCCCCGUGCCUGGUCAACCCUGCCACCGGCAAAUUCGAGUGUACCAACUCUGCCAAGGUGCAGGGGAUCUUUUCCUAUGCGGACAACGGCGACGGGAUCAAUGUGCUCGCAUAUCACAACCGCAGCGUAUUUUACGCACACAGCAUUCCGAAGCGGUUUGAAAAGGUUGAUCUUUUUGCUGAUGAUGGCAAUGGCCAGAGAGAAGUGCAGGUGGAGAUCCAUUGGGUACCAGCAUAGUCUUCGGCACUGUGCAUACAAGUGUCUAAACAAGUUGUGAUACCCGCCGUACUUCGUCAUUCAGACGUCUAGGUGCAGCAAUAUCACAGGCCUCGCCCAUCUCAUGACGCCUUCGACCAACACGUUACUCACUUGCUCCCGCUCCUGGGUGGCACCAGUUCGUCGCUACUUCCAGGCCAGCUCAUCCCACUGACUCGACGUCCCAUCUUCUUGACCUCUCGCAUUCCAGCUCCAAACAAGGUCUUGACCCUCUCUCCGCUGGUUUGCCUCUCGGCCUUACGUCGUGAUUUGACCACUUUCUCUUUCCCGCCUCCAGGCACCUCAACCAGCUCUACUCGCGACGGCAAGGUCUUACUCACAGUGCUUUGUGGUGGGCGACCAUGUCCGCUCUCGAGCAUGGCAGCACUCAAGGAGCUUGUCACUGCUCCCGAGCCGUCCACUUUGGAGCAGGAAGAGCUGAACUGAGGCUGGACCGGCCCAGAGAUCUUCACAGCCUUGGAGGAUGAUGCUUGGUCCCUGCUACCCCCGCGACUCCUGACUACGGUCAAAGAUGGCAUCUGUGAGUUUGACCGUCGAUGCGCCUCAGCUGCUCUGCGAGAGGCACGUUCCUCUCGCUCUCUCAUCGCCUUUGCUCGAGUUUCGGGGGAGCAAUCAAAGUAAGAUGCUUUACGCCUAUGCGAAGCCAGCUGGACAGUAUUCGACUUUGGCGAAGAAUUGCUCGCAAUAACAUACUGCCUCUUUGGGAUGAGGGGGAUGAGAGAUGCUAGAUUGCCUGUGGUUUUGCUUUUCGUCAUAGUUCCAUCGCCAUAGAACGCCUUGGACGUGUCAAUUAGCACGGCCUCAGCAUUGACGCUUGAUAUUCGACUCGUCGGCGUCGACAUAUUUCCGGGAGAAGUUGAUCUGUUCAACGAAAACGGCUUGAACCCAUUCGACCCAGAAGUGGUCAAUUUUUUCUCCGCCUCUUUGCCCCCAAAUGCGAGGCUUCCAGCUCGAUGCAGGCUUUGGCGCGAUAUUCCCAGCUUCUUGAGGAGGAUGUUCUCGAAGUCUUCAAAGCUCGUUAAGGCUUCUUCCGUCUUGCAAUGCUCUUUUAGCUCAUUGAGCGCACUGUUCAUACGCACCUUCUCACUGUUCUCGAAGAGAUGGUCGAUCUUCUUUUCGGUCGACUCCGAGGGUGAUUGAGAUGGUCUAUUGAGCUCUUUUGUGCGAAAUCGGUCACACAGGGACAUAUAUCGCCCGGUCCAGUAUGACCCAUCCUCUGCAACAUACACCUGCCUGGUGGUUAACAAUGCUAGUCGUUAUAGAAUAGUCAGAAGUCUCUCACAUGUCUUGGAUCAUUGUCGGAAUGCUGGCUGGGAUUCGAGCUGCUGACGCUGCCAAUGCUGGUUGUCAUUGUUGUUGAAGUUGGGAUGUCACUAUCUCGCCAGUUCUUGUUUGCCAAAGUGGAGUUUAUGAACAGGAGCCUCCCCGAUGACGAUGUCCUCUUCAUGCCUUCGAGACGUUGUGUAUUGGCAACGUCAUUCAGCGACAAUUUGAGGGUUGGUGCACGCUCGGCCGGGCUCCUUAGUGAUUGCGAUGAUAGAGCACAUUCAAGAGGGUUUCGGUGCUGACAAGCAUUUCUAAGUCGAGCACGGUUGAUCGCCGCCUCUCUCUGAACCUGUAUCAUUAAGUCCGUCUCUUUUUCUGUC